GGCCGUUCAUUGGAAAAGUACCAUCUAGAGUCUGGCUUGCAGUUGCUUUGCAUCAGUGGUGAGACGCGGGGACCACCUCCCGACCUAUCUACCUACUUACCUGUCCAGGUGCCUGCACCGUGCCCCUGACGUUUGCAUCGGGAUACAACAUGCUCUUCAAGGUGUCGAGCCCGGACAGUUUGCACGAUCAGAGCAGCAAUGACAGCGGCAUCGACGACUGCCUGCGAAGGAGCAAAUGGUCUCCUGCGGCCAUUCCCAGCCAAUGCCCGCAACUAAGUCCAUCCUCUCCCACCCCGACCGUCUCCAAACACUGCAGACGCGAACGAAGGAGCACGCAGGAAGCAGCAAACAAGAUCAGGGCCGGCACAAAUAAUCAAAGUAAUUUAGAAUCGCAAAAGAAGUACCUGGGAGUCAGAGUUCGUCUGCCAGUCCGAGAUCUUCUCCAAAAUUAUCGCAAAGCCAGAGGCGAAGAACCAAAAUCCAGCCAGGCAGAUGCAGCCUGCAAAUUGAAUAAUGAAAGAAGACGUGUUGUCAAGGAUUUGACGCAUAGCCGUCCAUGUUCUGCUAAAGGGAACAAACAGAGAAAAAAGAUAAAUGUUUGGCCCCCGAGAAAUUUUGAAGAUCUGUUUGAAGAUUUGGUGGAGGUUCUGGAGUUGGAUCUGAAGCAAGGUGGGCCAUGCCCCCUUCAGAGGCAGAUUGAAGUGGAUUGUCCACCGAGGUGUUACAUGGGCUGUCCCUUCAGCCUCAGAGACUUGCACUCCAGAAACCAACGCCCCCCCGCUCUCCAAACUGAAGGCGCUCCCCCAGACCUGGUAUCUGCAUCUCACAAACCCUAUUCAGGUUCAGAAUGUCGGUCUUGGCACGGGUCACCUGGCAGGUUGGUAGCCUUUGGAGGUGAGCGCUGUGUCAACAUGGCUGAUGAAGCGAGACACGUCAGUCAUCAUCACUGCUAUUCCCAGGACACCAAGCAUCAAUCUCAUCCUCAUUCUCUGUCGUCGGAAGCUAAAGAAUUUGGUCAGGCUGCAUUGAGUGUUGCCCACAGCUGCAAACUGACUCAGGGUGAACCUACCGGCCCACUGGAAACUUCGCAACAACAAUAUUCUCCGGGAAGCUCGGUGUUGUCCUUCUUCCAGUUUCAACUGCAGCGUCUCGAGGGUAGCUUCGCCUCCCUGUCGGCUGAAGACAUUCUGUCCGUCGACAAGAACGGCAACACAUUGCUUCAUUGUGCUGUCAUUCAGGGAAGGAGAGCACACGCGUACAGCUUAGCCUGUAGGAUGUCCGACAUGAAUAGAAUUGACACAAAGGAUUCCAGUGGACAAACUGCAUUACACUUGGCUGCUGAGCGAAACCAGCACCUGAUGGUCAACGAUCUUAUUUCACUCGGAGCUCAAAUCAAUGAAAGAGACUUUUUAGGGAGGACUCCUGUCCACUUGUGUGCAGAGAAUGGGUUUCUCCGCGUAUUACAGGUAAUAGAGAGGACCCUGAAAGAUGGAACAGAUGUGGACAUUGAUGCCAGGGACAACAAUUGCCUCACCCCAUUGCACUAUGCAGUGUUGGCUCACAUUACAACAGUAAAGGAGUUUGAGAACUUGGAGAAGGGCAGCGACAUGUUGAGGUUCCUGGAGCUGAGGAAGGAGCAGCUCCUGGAUGGAAUGAAAAGCCUGCUGAGGAUGGGAUCUUCUCUCUCCAUGCAGGAUAUAAAUGGACAUAGGGCCAUUGACUUUGCAGAGAAGGAGAAUGACACUGAAGUUCUGAAUUUCCUUUGCGACCAUGUUGAGAAGAUGAAAGCCCUUGCCCACAAGGAUCUUGGCUUGUGUGCAACACUCAGUCUAAUGAAUCAGAAAGCAGAGUUCUUCUCAAUGAGCUGCCACUUUGCAAAAAUUACAAGCAGCCCAGCAAUGUGCCAUGAGGAACUCGUGAAGAUUUGAGAGAUGCUCAAGGAGUCGAUAAGUAAAUGUCAACGUGAAUCUGAGCUGCAGCUGACAGCAAAGCCUAGGCCUUUUUGGGAUGGACACAUGGAGGGGUGAAGACCUAAUGGUUAAGUUAUAGGAUCAACAGACUGAAUUCUGGCCAUUUUAUCCAGUGGAUGUGAAUCCCACCUUAGCAACUGCAAAUUCAAGUAAUUUGGAACUUGCAAAGUAUAACUAUGCUCAGAUAUUGUAAUCGUGAAACGUUUAAAUGAUUGCAAAAGCUUCUCCGUAUAACUAUUGCUAGAGACAAAAUGCUGGAGUAACUCAGCGGGACAGGCAGCAUCUCUGGAUAGAUGGAAUGGGUGAAGUUUUGGGUCGAGACCCUUCUUCAGACUGAAUGCAAAGAUGCUGUCUGUCACGCUGAGUUAUUCAAGCAUUUUGUGCCUACCUUCAGUUUAAACCAGCAUCUGCAGUUCCAUCCGACAACAUUUUGUCUGUAUAAUUAUUGUUCUUUAGUGGAAGAAAACUGCCAAUAUUCCCCUCCCUAUAUAUAUGUGACACCUCAAAACUAUCAAUGCAAUGGACUCCUCAUUUAUCAUUUCAAAGCUCCAUUAGGUAUGGACAAUACACACUAAAAUUGCUCUGAAUGUUCACAACUGGUGAAUGAGGAAACUCCAAAUCAGUCAUUGAACUCAAAAUCAUUGUGAAUUACACCUGAAUGGCAGGACAAUCAUGUUUUGUAUAAAACUGAGCAUUUACUUAAAUAAAUGAAAAUGCAAAAUGAACAUGAGUAUAUUGGAUGCAUUCUAAACUUUGACUAACACAUUUUGUGUGACUUAUGCAUAAUUGCAUUUUUGAAGACAUCAAUUUAGUGCAAGAAUUUAUUUUCCUUCAGCACAACUCAGAAUCUUAAAAAUGCAACCAGGAUUAAUGGAGUUGUAGAUAGUACAGAACUGACAAGUCCUUGACAGAUUUGGAAAUCAAAAUUGUGAUGUUGAAGAUUCUUUGACAAAUUAUUUACUUGGAUUAAAUAUUUCACUUUUGCAGUUGGAUGUGCCAGAUGUUUUACAGAUACUUCUAUAAUAUGUGUUGCCAACCCGACUAAACUGAGCUAUAAGAAAAAGUUGAUCUUAAUGAUGACUUGUAUUGUCUUCUGGUUACCAAUGUGCCAAAUUAGUAUGUUUUAUCAUGUAAGAAAAUGUGAUUGCUUUGAAAACUUGUCACGGGAAUUUAAUAAAGAUAAAUGUGAGGUGUUGCAUUUCGACAAGUCUAACAUUGGCAGGACCUACGCAAUGCAUGGUAGGACUCUUGCGGUGUUGUAGGGCAGAGGGAUCCGUAAGUGCAGGUGCAUGGUUCCUUGAAGGUGGAAUUGCAGGAAGAUAGGGUGAUCUAAAAGGCUGUUGACACAUUGGCCUUCAUCAGUCAGAGUAUUGAGUACAGAAGUUGGGAGGUCAUAUUGCAAUUAUAUAAAUGUUGAUGAGGCUGCAUUUAAAGUGCUGUGAUCAGUUCUGGGCAACAUGUUAUAGGAAAGAUGUUGUCAAGCUGGAAAGGGUGCAGAGAAGGUUUACCAUGAUAUUACCAGGACUCAAGAGCUAUAGGGAGACAUUGAGUAGACUGGGACUAUUCCUUGGAGCGCAGGAGAAAGAGGGGUGAUUUAAAGAGGUGUAUAAAAUUAAGAGAGGAAUAGAUUGGUUAGAUUACACAGAGUCUCUUGCCCAGAGUAGGGAAAUUGAGGACCAGAGGACAUGGGUUUAAGGUGAAGGGAAAAAUAUUUAAUAGGAAUCUGAGGGGUAACUUUUUCACACAAAGGGUGGUGGGUGUAUGGAACGAGCUGCAUGAGGAGGUAGUUGAGGCAGGGACUGUCCCAACGUUUAAGAAACAGACAAGUACAUGGAUAGGACAGGUUUGGAGUGAUAUGUGCCAAACACAGGCAGGUGGGACUAGUGUAGCUGGGAUAUGUUGGCCAAUGUGGGCAAGUUGGGCCAACCGGCCUGUUUCCAUGCUAUAUCACUCUAUGACUCUAACCAAUAUUACUAAACAAUUAAAAUAAACCAAUUUCAACAUUAGUUUCUGGUCUAUGUUGGUUAUAUAUGAUUCAACAGUUGCAAAUGAUCUGGUUUCUGUGAAACUUCCACUACUGGUUGCAUUGUCUAGCAAUUGUACUGUAUUAUAUAGUUUCAUUCAUGGUUCUCUCUGACUUUUGUUUCCUUCAGUUUCGAUGUACAAUUGUGUUGACUAUUUUUAAGCAUGAUUACUCCUUUGGUAAUUCGCCUAUUUUUGGAUUGCAAUAAAACCGUUACUGUUCAUCUUGCAUUUGUAUGUCUGUGGAUUUAGAAAAGAGUUUUAUUGAUGUACUUGGGGAAUUAAAUUAUAAUAUGUUUUGUUUUGAUUCCUGAAAUGUUGCAUGAGGCAUCGAUCAAUGACUUGAUAAUUAACCAUUAAUAUUGGUUGAUUUGAACGCUUGCUCAUUGCAAAACCCGUAACACUUACUUGGGUUGCGUGUCCUUACCUCUCUUGUUCUCUUUCCUACCACACACAGUCAAUUAGUAAUCCUGGUCUCUGCAUAUCAUUCAUAACCCAUAGCAAAGAAAGUUAAGAGAAGGAAAAUCAACCUAGCCAAAGCUGGCUAAUGGGAGCCAGGGGUAGUGUGACUUUUAUCCUCUUUCGAUGUCCCCUGCAGUGCAGAGGAAUAACUUCAGUUACUUCUGUACUCUAUGCAGAGCUUUCUUGCAAUCUAUUUUCACGCUAUUCCAGUUCAAACAGGUUAUAAAGUCUUCAAUCAAUAACAAAAAAAAACAUUUAACAGGAAGCUGAGAAACUUCAGUAUUUACUUUCCUAAAUGUGGAGAGGAUGUUUCCACUAAUGGGAGAGUCUAGGACGAGAGGUCAUAGCCUUAGAAAUAAAGGACAUUCUUUUAGAAAAGAGAUGAGGAGAAAUGUCUUUAGUUAGAGGGUGGUGAAUCUGUGGAAUUCUUUGCCACAGAAUGCUGUAGAGUCCAAGCCAGUGGAUGUUUUUUUUCAAUAUUUUUAUUAGAUGUACAAUAAUAAUAAUAAUGAUAAGACAUGAAUAACAUAUUACAUUUCAUGUACAACUUCUUAUUUUAAAUUUAAUAGUAGAAAAAAAAAGGUAAGAAAAGCAAGAAAUAUGGAGAGAGAAAGUAUUGUACAGCUCGAAAAAGAAAAGCAGCGGUGAUGUGAACUAAGCAAAAAGAAAAAGAGUAGAAAAGAGAGAAG